CCCACUCUCCCUCCACCACCAUCCAAUCCCAUUGAUUGCAGGCACAAUGGAGAUGCACAGCCUUGCCCGAUGCCUCCGCAUGAGGCCGACGCCGUCGCUGUACAGCAACACGGUCCUCCGCAGCCAAUUCGCCCUGCACAGCGGACCUCGCUCGUCCCUCCGGUUCGCUUCCUCCAACAGCCACAAUAACAACUACAACAACAAGAGGAAGACGGCCCCAUUCAACAACGCCACCGCACAACAGACCACCCCCGAACAGUCCGCCCCUCCCACGGACCCCACCAACCCCAGCUCCGCAUCCUCCUCCAACGACUUCGACCAAAUCCUCAACAAGCUCAACAUCGGCGGCAACACCCUCGACACCGCCGCCGCCGCCGACCAGCCCCAAGCCGCCGCCGCAAACCCCGGCAGCAACCGCGGCGCCUUCCCCGACCACCUCUCCCUCUCCCGCGCGGUGGGCGCGUCCGCCAAAACAGACAACUACCGCAACCCGUCGUCGUCGUCCGGCGGCAGCGGCAACCGCCGUGUGGAGCUGAAGCUGGGCCCCACGCUCGGCCGCCAGGUGUUCGUUGAGCCCGAGCGCGGCGUGCAUCUGCCGACUGCGCUGCGCUUGCUGGGCCACACGCUCCAUCAGAAUCGGGUGCGUCAGCAGUCGAAUCGCCAGCGGUUCCAUGUGCGGCGCGGGCAGCUGCGGAAGAAUCAGCGCAUGGAGCGCUGGAGGAGGCUGUUCCGGUUUUCGUUUAAGCAGACUGUUGGUAAGAUCCAGAGGAUGAGGGAUCAGGGGUGGUAGAUACUUUUUUUUCUUCUUGUUUCAUUUGAGUCUUGAGUGUUUGUUGGUUGGUUGAUGUUUUUGUGUCUAUGUCUGGGUGUAUCUAUCUGUAUUAUUAGUAUACUGUCUAUGUAUGGCCUGUUAGAUUCGCUCUA